ACAUGUUUACUAGUGUUUUGAGGUCGAAGGAUGCGGAAGUUAGCUGUCAACUGCAACCACCCAUAGCCACAACAUGUACAAAAUAUGAACUUUAAGGCGGCAGUCCGGUAGCUCAUGGCAGCGGAGGAAGCCGGAGGUUUGUCCCGGACUCCGGCCUGCCUGUGUGUCCUCUGCGGGCUCCCUGCUGCCGGGAAGUCCUCUCUGGCCGGCAGAGUCCUCCGCUCCGCUGCACAGCGCGGCUGGAGAGCCAGCGUUGUGCCGUAUGAUGACCUGAUCCCCGAGCAAGCGUUUCAGACCAGAGGGGAGGAAGACGGUGUCAAACUGCAAGAACACACUGAAUGGAAGGUACACAGACAGGCAGUUUUGCAGUGCAUCGAGCAGUUCUUGGAGAAGCCUGGAGUUUUGGCAGAGCUUCCGAGCAGCUGUCAGAUCAACAGGGCAGCAUGGGAUCAAUGCAUCCUCCCUCUGAUACAGCCUGGAGCUGAGGACCGCUCACAGGCUGACCGGGCACCACUCCUCUUUCUACUGGAUGACAACUUCUACUAUCCAAGCAUGAGAUAUGAAGUGUACCAACUUGCAAGAAAGUAUUCGCUGGGUUUCUGCCAGGUGUAUCUGCAGUGUGAUCUGGAGUCCUGCAUCAGCAGAAACCAGAGCAGGUCUAAACCCAUUCCCACUGAAGUGAUAUUGGACAUGGUGAAGCGCCUGGAGUCUCCAAAUCCACAGAAGAACUCAUGGGAGACUAACAGCAUUUCACUCAACACCACAGACGAUUUUUCCGAAUGUGACAUGCAGAGGGUGGUGGAGUUGAUCUCCUCUGCCCUGAGCAACCCACUGAGCCCGGCUGAAGACAACACAGAACAACAGGAGGCAGACCGCCUGAAGUGUGCCUCUAGUGUUGUCCAUCAGACUGACCAGGCCUGUCGACGCCGUAUAUCUGAAGCCAUGAGGACUGCCAGAGAGAAUCAAGUCGCCCCUGAGCACAUGAGGUCUUUGGCCGCUCAGCUGAACCAGUCUAAAGCAACGUUUCUUCACAACCUGCGGAGACAGUUUCUAGAGGAAGCGUCUUUCACCGAAGAAGAGGACAUUGAUGUGGAACGUGUGGUGGAAAGAGCAGUGGAUGUUUUUGAUCACGAGAAAAAGGAAAUCCUGUUGAGAAUCAUAAAUGAAAAUAAAUGAUUUGAACUUGUUUGAAUUUUCACAAAGGCAGAUUUAAUUGCUUCAAAAACACAAGUAAAUGCAAGACACUGUAAUUAUUUCAUGUUCAUUAAAUGUACUUUUGCUGGUGAUUGAGGCACUAAGUCAAACAAAGAAAAUGUAUGCAUUUUCAGAGUAAGUUAUAUAUAUUUUUUAUUAAUCUCCCUUCAAAGCCAAUUUACACAUCACUGGAAUAUGGGGUCAGUAAACAAAUUCUAUACUUACUUAUGACUAAAGACAUAAAAACCCAUUGAUCUCAGAUGUUUACUGCCUGUUCAUACAAAGAUAAUCACAAACAAACAAGUUACCCUGUCUUAACUUUAGACCAUGAUUCACACAAUGAAAAAGCUAUUCAUUAAAAUAUAAAUUAUUAUUACAUCCCAUUAUAUCAUGGGAGUCACAGAGACCUCAACAGUGUCUUAACAUCUACUAUACACAGCAACUACAGUGAAAUUAGACUUGUCCUAAAAUGUGUUAGAAAAAACUACUAAAUAAAAAAGAUAAAUAUAAAAUUGUUUUAUGGGAAUAAAUAAGUAACAAGAAAAGGAUAUUGAAAUCUAUCUUCUGCAGUCUGUUAAAUGAGCUGUAAAUAUCAGAACAGGAAGCAGAAACAAACGUGUGAUUUGAACAGAACAUUUGACAAUUAUUUGUUCAGUCGCACUUCAGUUUCUUUCAGUAAAAUAUAUCCAGCCAGUUCAACUGAGGUGAAAACCUUGGUGUAUAAUUACUAAUUAGAUAAAAAGCACCUUGAUGAAUGGCAAACUGUGGCGAAGCUCAUCAUUUUUUAUGUUAAACACUGUUGGUAUUUCAUAAAUGUCUCAUAUAUAACCGCCUAUGUGUAAGGUAAUUACUGCAGAGUAAUGAGACAACAUAAUCUAUCAAACACAAGCAGCUGCAAUGGCACAGAAGGACAGUGGUCACAAUGCCCUUUCUUAUACUGGGAGACGUGUGGUGCAGUGGGUUGUGUUCAAACCCCACUGCAGUCAGCAUGUCGUUGUGUCCCUGAGACACUUCACCCCAA